GCGUGUCACGUGACCAUCACAUCAGCCGGGCUACUAGCUUUAAAGUUCCUGCACUUAUUCUAUCCAGUUUAACAAAUACAUAUUGAAUUUAUCAUCCGAGUGUCGCAUAAUUCACAUCAUCUACAGCCCGCAUCGUAAUAAAAAUAAUGUCGCUCUCGGCAGCGCGCUCGUUCCUGUCUGAGGCCGCUUACGGCGAACAGGAGCUCGAUGCUAAUUCAGCGCUGAUGGAGCUGGAUAAAGGUUUGCGGUCUUGCAAGCUGGGGGAGCAAUGUGAAGCCGUGGUCCUCUUUCCCAAACUCUUUCAAAAGUAUCCCUUUCCCAUUCUCAUCAACUCUGCCUUCCUGAAACUGGCUGACAUUUUUAGACUUGGGAACAACUUUCUGCGGCUCUGUGUGCUGAAGGUCACGCAGCUGAGCGAGAAACACUUGGAGAAGAUUCUGAACGUAGACGAGUUUGUCAAAAGAGUGUUUUCGGUCAUCCAUAGCAAAGAUCCUGUUGCCAGAGCAAUAACCCUCAGAAUGUUGGGAAGCCUCGCCUCCAUUAUCCCCGAGAGGAAAAAUGCCCACCACAGCAUUCGACAGAGUCUGGACUCCCACGACAACGUGGAAGUAGAGGCGGCGAUUUUUGCAGCUGCUAGUUUCUCGUCCCACUCAAAAGAUUUCGCCGCAGGAAUUUGCAACAAGAUUAGCGAGAUGAUUCAAGGUCUGGACACUCCAGUGGAGCUGAAGCUCAAGUUGAUUCCGAUGCUUCAGCACAUGCAUCAUGAUGCCGGUCUGGCCUCCUGCAGUAGAGAGUUACUACAGGAGCUGGUGUCCUCUUACCCGUCCACAGCCAUGCUCAUCGUCACUCUACACACCUUCACACAGCUGGCCACAUCCUCACUGGUCGAUAUCCCCGAGCAGAUUCAUCUGCUUCUGCAGUACUUGAAGGAAGAUCCCAGAAGAGCAGUGAAGAGACUUGCCAUUCAGGACCUCAAACUCUUAGCCAAAAAAGCUCCUCACUUGUGGACCAGAAAGAACAUACAGGUGCUGUGUGAGUGCGCUCUCAACACACCGUACAACAGUCUGAAACUGGGCAUGCUGUCUGUUCUAUCCACACUGUCUGGCACCAUUGCUAUUAAACAAUACUUCAACCCGAAUACAGGUGAGUCGUCCCCGGCGCCCCGCCAAACUGACCUGGUAAAGCUCGCCCAGGAGUGCUGUUACCAUAGUAACCUGGCAGUGGCGGCACAUGGAAUCAUAGUGUUGACCAGUAUCGCUGUUUCCUGUCCGGAGAAAGAGGUCAUUCAGCUGGAGCAAGAGACAGUCACGGGGGUGGAGUCUCUCAUUUUGCUCUGUAGUCAAGAUGACAGUCAGAACGCACAGGACACAUUAAAGACGGCCCUCACGUCUCUGGUGAAGAUGCUGAAGAGCUGUCCACAUCUGAGUAAGAGCUCGGUCGAGCUGCUGUUGGGUCAGCUGCACUGCGCGUGCGACUCCGCGCGGGUGCUCGUGUGUCAGGCCCUGGCUGCCAUAGCGACACAGCAGCCGGUGUUGGCAGAGGGAAUGCUGGGAAAUCUGCUGGACCUCUUCAGCGUGGCCAGUCACAGGACCUCGGAGAAACAGCAGGAGCUUCUGGUUUCUUUGGCAACAGUUUUGUUUGUGGCCAGUCAGGCAUCGCUCUCAGCGGAGGUUAAGACGGUCAUUAGACAGCAGUUGGAGAAUGUGGCCAAUGGUUGGACCGUGUACCGCAUCGCCAGACAAGCGUCCCGCAUGGGCUGUCAUGAUUUCUCCAGGGAGUUGUACCAGAGCCUUCGCACCCGUGUGGCCUCCGAGCACUUUUACUUCUGGUUGAACAGUCUGAUGGAGUUCUCUCAGGCGGAGCAUUGUCUCAGCGGCCUGUCGGAUGGAGAUUACAGCGCGGCCAUGACGGCCAUCUCUGAGGCUCUGAAAUCGCACCAGAAGGGAAUCGCGUCUCUCACGGCAGCCAGCACUCCGCUCAGUCCUCUGACCUUUCAGUGUGAGUUUGUGAAGCUGCGUAUAGACACUCUUCAGGCUCUGUCUCAACUCAUCUGCACCUGUAACAGUCUGAAGACCAGCCCGCCUCCUGCCAUCGCCACCACCAUCGCCCUGUCAUCAGGCAGCGAACUGCAGCGCUGCGGUCGCAUUUCAGCGCAGAUGAAAUUAUCCAUGGAUGAGUUUAGAGGUCUGGCGGCUCGCUAUGCCGACCUGUAUCAGUCUUCAUUUGAUGCGGACCACGCCACCCUCCGUAACGUUGAACUACAACAGCAAAGCUGCCUGCUUGUGUCAUACGUCAUUGAGGCUUUAAUACUCGAUCCACACACUGCCAGUUUUCAGGAGUUUGGCACACAUGGCUCUGUUCUAGCAGAGAGCGAGUAUGAGCUUAAGAUGCUGGCUGUGUUCAAUCGCGUCCUGGAGGAAGUGGAAAACUUGAGCAGGAAGCACCCUCCCGUCUCUUACCAGCACACUGGAUGCAUCUGUGGUGCUGUCAUAGCCCUUUUGAAGGUACCGCUGUCAUUCCAGAGAUAUUUCUUUCAAAAGCUCCAGUCCACCAGUAUUAAACUUGCUCUCUCUCCAUCCCCGCGAACACCCAACGAGCCCAUCCCAGUGCAGAACAACCAGCAGUUGACUUUGAAGGUGGAAGGAGUGGUCCAGCACGGCUCGUCUCCAGGAUUGUUCCGGAAGAUUCAGGCUGUGUGUCUUAAAGUGAGUUCUACCUUACAGACCAAACCAGGACCCGACUUUAAGGUUCCUCUUGAUUCCAAGACGAAUGAGAUCGAGCAGAAGGUAGAGCCUCAUAACGAUUACUUCAGCACACAGUUCCUUCUCAACUUCUCCGUCCUGGGCACCCACGUCGUGUCUGUUGAGGCGUCAGUUGUAGACACCAGUGGCGUGGAAUGGAAGACGGGACCUAAAACCACCGUAUCGGUGAAGUCUCUGGAAGAUCCGUAUUCUCAGCAGCUGCGACAUCAGUCACAACAGCAGCAACAGACUGGAUCUCAGUCGGGCCCUCAGAGGAACAUUCUCACCCGCUUCCAGUGACCUCUCAUUCUCUUCCUGUAUUUAUUACUGAUUUAUAAGGUUUUGUUAUAUCUCAUGUUUACCUUUAUAACAGGUAAACUUUUUUUGGGAACAUUUUUCUAUGUAUACCAGCUUGACACUGUGUAUGCUGCUUAAUAAAAUAUUUGUCC